AAAACAUAACAUAAGAAAUGUAAGAGAACUUCUAACACUACAAUCCAGAGCACUUACUCAACUAAGCAUAACACCUUAAAGAGGACAAAAGAAAGAAAAAGAAAAAGUAAUCCAGACUGAGACGUAGUGUAUAGUACAGUACGUGAGAUGUACAGUAUAUAAGUUGAAGGAGCAUUACCCCUUCUUUGUAUUCGAAGGUACUCCUUAAAGUUGAGUAAGUUUAAACUGUAAUUCCUAAAUCUCGGUUUGCUUUUCUCGUGAAAGAUCUAUCACGACGCCAAGAUGUUUCUCCUUAUCGACAGUAACCAGGAAAGUGUUAUUAACAGAAUAAUUGUGAUUAGGGUUGUUAUAUCCUACGUGUAGGUUCUUGCAUUUCGUUAUGUUAAACACAUUUCCAUGAUUUCCUCCAUUUUAUGUUCAAGAAAAUAAUCUGCAUUCUUACAAGGUUCUACAUGUGUAAUGAUAAUAGGCCUGACAGUAACUAAAUAUUUUAUUUAAAUGAAAAAGCGAUGUUUCAGUUUAUAAUUGAUGUAUGGUGACCUGUGUGAUGUCAAACUUGCAUUAGUAUUCUGCGUGAUUUCUUCCAUGACCAGGUAUUAUAAUUUGAUGUAUAUCUUGUGAAAGGUCGUAUAUAAGCCUUUAUAAUUUUGCUAUUUAUUCAAGAACUAUUUUUUCUGCAGUGAUUGAUAUUGUUGUGGUGGUGCUUAUAUUAUCACAUGUAUUGUUUUAAUAAGUUGUCUUCGUAGAACGGCAUAACCAUUAAUGUGAUAAAAACAAGUUGGUAACGCCGGGGAGUAACACUGUGAUAAAGGAACAAACUCAUCAGGGCACCAGUGGCAAAGCAGUGUGGUAGCAGGAGAAAGUACAGUACAGUACAGCACAUUGUAAUUGUGUAGUGUGUAGCAGCAAAUUAGUGGUACAGUACAGCACAUUGUAGUUGUGCAGUGUAACAGCAAGUUUGGUGCAGUACAGCUUGGUUGUGCAGUGUAUCACAAGUGUUGAAGGAUCUCUGUAUCACCUCACACCACUAUGGUUGUCAGAAUGUUGUUGCUGUGGUUGCGAUGGUUGUAUACGAUGGUUAUCCGCACUGCUUUUUAUCUGUUUUGGGCAUUGUUUCCACCAGCCAAACCCAUGCCACCCAUCACUGACUCUGCUCUUCUUCAGUCUUCCCACACUUUGGCACUGUGGAUCAGGCAGAGAAAGAGGACUUCAGAGUCCAUCGUCUCAGCAUUUGUGAGUCGCUCCAAGGCUGUAAACUCGAUACUUAAUGCUGUGGUAGAUGAACAUUAUGAUGAAGCUUUACAGGAAGCUCGGGAAGUGGAUCAGAAAUUGGAUCUUUACUCUGAGGAAGAGCGAGCAAACCUGGAAUACUCUCAGCCUCUACUGGGAGUACCUUUUACCGUCAAGGAAAUUAUUGCAGUGAAAGGAAUGAGCCACACUGGAGGUCUGCUUUCCAGGCGUGGGAUAAAGGCCACUUAUGACGCUGAGCUGGUGAAGAUGUUGAGAGAGGCUGGAGGCAUUCCACUGGCUGUGACAAAUAUUCCAGAGUUAAGUUUGUGGUGGGAAAGUUACAACCUUUUGUUUGGCCGUACCAACAACCCCUACAGUGCCAGUAGAACACCAGGUGGAUCUUCAGGUGGGGAGGCUGCUCUACUGUCCAGUUGUGGCACUCCAGUGAGUAUUGGCACUGAUCUUGGUGGCUCCAUCAGGUUUCCCAGUUUCUGCUGUGGGGUUUUUGGCCAUAAACCCAGUUGUGAUUGGGUGUCUAAGAAGAAUAUGCACAUCUAUCCAGAAAAACUGUUGAAUAGUAGAGCAUCAGUGGCUGGACCCCUGGCCCGCCACUCUAGGGACCUGGCAUUUAUCAUGGAGAUCAUUGCUCCAGUACAUGCCAGGGGAUUAAGUGCCAAGGUGGAGGCCACUUCCCUUAGUUCGCUCAAGAUCUGGUGGGCAGAAGACGUGGGAUCCCCUCUCAUUUCCCCUACAACAUCUGAGCUCCGGAACAUUCUCCAUAAGGCUGUCCACCAUCUCCACGCUACCUAUAGUAUACCCACAGCAAAGUGGCCCGGAGACAUGAGCAAUGCCAUUAUUCCUUGGCGCACCAAGUUGAAUGAGGAGUCUCGUGGACAUCCACCUGUGAAGUUUGAUAUGACCAACAGACAGUAUGAAGCCAACCUGCUGAAGGAAUGGUUACUAUGGGCAUGUGGGCAAAGACGCCACACAUUCCCCAUACUCCUUUUUGCAACAUUUCAAAAGUUUACUCCAGAGAAUCCAAGCGAUGUCACAUCACCGUAUUACUGGAAGACUGUGCAGAAGUCCUUCAUGGAUAUAUUGGGUAGUGAUGGUGUGCUGAUCAUGCCAACAGCACCUGAAUUGUACUACCAUGGACAGUCUUGUGUGACCAUCUAUGAUGCAUGUAUUGCUAGCCUCUUCAAUGGCAUAGAAUUUCCUGCAACAGCUGUACCCCUGGGACUCUCUAAUGAUGGACUACCACUGGGUGUACAGGUGGUUACUACACCCGGUAAUGACCAUCUGAGCUUGGCAGUAGCAAGAGCUUUGGAAGAAAAGUUUGGUGGUUGGGUUUCUCCAUCACCAAUCAAAGUCGCAUCCUCUUAACUGGAUCAUCCACAAAAAUAGAAUUAUUUUCCACUUGGUUUAAUUUUAGAAAUUUAUACUUUUGCAGUCUUGUUCACAGUAUUUAAUAAGAUGAUACACAAGCCAGGUUAAAGUGGGAGGCAUCAGAGUGAAGUGAACAUAUUUGACAGUCACCAGUGUUAUCAAUUUGAAAUUGGCAUUUAUAUACUAUGGAUUUUGAACUACCAUUCUGUUAAUGUCAUCACAGUUCAGUAGUUUUUUCAUAACCCAGCAGGAAGAUAAAUUGAUAAGAUAGAAACAGGUCUUUCUAUCUUCCAUCCAAUUGUUUAUUCUAAGCUAAUUGAACAAAUCAAAAGUAAGAGAUUUUAGUUCACCAAUGUCUUAGAUCUUUCAAACUUAUUACAGUAAACCCUUGAUAACUCGGCACAUAUGGGACUCUGGCAUUGCCGAGUUAUCCCAAAUUCCAACUUAUUGAGGCACCAUGGCUAAUUUUCUUUAGUCAUCAUGUAGACCUGAUAUAUAUGUCUGCAAACAUCUAAUUCUAGGUUGAAGCUUUUAUGUGGUUCUAUCAUUGUUUAGCAUUUGAGUGGUCAGAAUACUCCACUAAAUGGCAAAAUUGAUAUGGUCAUGUACAAAUCACCAUUUUAUAAUCUGACAUCUAUGAAAGUACCAUUUAGCAUCUGAUUACGGUUUGCCAAGCAGCUGGUAGAGGCAUUGUGGUUAAUUUGUUGAAGUUCACCAUUGUAGGAGGGCCAGGCUGGUAUUGCCCCACUAGAGGACACAACCUCAAAUUAAAGAAGUCAUAAGUACAGAAAAUUUUUGGAUCUACAUGUGUAAAGAGAUUUCUGUCAGGAUUUUCAAUUGUUGGUGGAGUAGUGUAAUUACCAACCUUGUUAUGUGUUUAACCCUUAAAGUGCGGCCAUGGAAAAAGAGAGUGAUCUGUGUACUGUAUAAUAAAUAUAAUGGUUGCCCCUCGUGUAACGAGGAUGGCCAGGCCAAGGGCCACCUAGACAUGAAUUUGUUUAAGGUGUAGAAGUUGUGGC